CAGGCCAGAACAAGUCACUUUAUAAGGUUACAAUUAUCUUACAGCACCUAAAGAACAGGUAUAGUUUCAAGCAGGAACAUGCAAAUAUAAGAUACUUGCUAUUGGUGCUCAUACAUUCCCACGCCCAGUAUGUUUAAGAAGGAGUCUUCCACCAGUGGAACAUUGUGAAGGUUAUCUAUCUACCUGUGCUGAGGACCACAACAGCUUCUUCUACCUAACCAGACCAACAAUGCCGAUUUUUGUGGUGCACACAAACGUAUGCAGGGAUAACGUCCCUGUAGAACUUCUAUCUGAAGCUACAGCGAAAUUGGCCGAAGCUAUGCAAUUACCGGUUAAGGUGAGUUUCAGAAUCUCUAUUUAGAUUCUAUAUUGAGAAUCUAGAAGGUUGUCGAUACAGUAAACGUAUGUGUUAAACUGUCCCACAGGGUGAAGACGUUAAUGCAACAUCUAUUCCACGUUGGUUCAAUGCAAUUUUAUUGAAAUGACGUGGAAAGAACAUUGAUUCAACCAGUGUGUGCCCAGUGGGGUGCUCUCCGUCUCUCAGAGCUCCUCAGCACAGGAAGUUAAUAGAAAUGUUCACUCUGUUGGAGCUCAUGGAACAAUCUAGAUAAGAGAUAAUCUAUUUAUUAUAGAGGCUGCAUCCAUUACAAAGGGUAUAGCUAUUUGUUUCACUGGCAUACAUGGUCUGUGUCAACACUGGGUUCAUAAUGAUUAUUUGCAUUUUAGAACAAAGUUAUAUGCUAAACAUAGUGACAAGUCUCCCAUGUCUUUUGCAGUACUUUGCAAUAAAUAUAGUGGCGGACCAGUUGAUGACUUUUGGGGGAACGACUGCCCCGUGUGCUCACUGCUCCCUCAACAGUAUUGGAUCUUUCAGUGAGGAAAAGAACCUGCAGUAUUCCAAACUAUUGUGUGGACUGCUCAAAAAACACCUGGGCAUCUCCCCUGACAGGUAUAAUGGAAUGCACACACACGCUCGCACACACAUUGAAACACGCAAUUAACGCAUUAAAUCUGUCUUGCAGGAUGUAUGUGGACUUCUUUGACAUGGAGCCACAAAAUGUGGCCUGGGACAACAAAACUUUCAAAGUUUUAAUCGACGCCAAGAAUGCUAAAACAUUAAAUGAGAAGUGAAUGCAUGCCCAGUCAAGUGACCUUUGAUGUAACAAUAAAUUGAACGCUGUUUAUUGUUAUCUGGUUGUGUGUCAUUGUGUAAUGGACCAUUCAAUAUUUGUAAAAACAAGGAAAUAAGUAGGAAUAUGUAGCUGUCCCUGAG